AUGGAGCCAACAAAUAGUCCAGAAAUAAAUCCACUGAGAAGUGAUCACGAUCUAAAUGAUCCUUUGCUGAUCAAGAGAGGCCAGUGGGCCAACAAGAGAGAGUUUAUUCUGGCAGUGGUUGGAGAAAUCAUUGGUCUGGGGAACGUGUGGCGAUUUCCAUAUCUCUGCUUCAAAAAUGGAGGCGGUGUCUUCUUGGUGCCAUACUUGAUGUUCCUGGUGACCCUCGGAAUACCAAUCUUCUUCAUAGAGGUGUCUUUGGGACAGUUAACGGGUCAAGGCGGAAUCACAUGUUGGAGGAAGAUUUGUCCUUUACUUGAAGGUAUUGGCUAUGGUAGUCUAAUGGUCAUGCUGUUAACGGUAAUGUAUUACACCGUCAUCCUGGCAUGGGGUUUCCUCUACUUUUUUUCGUCCUUCAACUCGGAACUCCCCUGGGCUAGCUGCAACAAUAGCUGGAACACAGGUCAUUGUGUUGAUUAUCGUAACGCUCAUUCAAAAACCAACAUCUCUGCAAAUGCAACUUCUUCUGUUGAAGAAUUCUGGCAGAGGAGGGUCCUGAAUUUAUCUGGAGGGAUUGAGGAAAUGGGAAGUAUUCGCUGGGACCUGGCUGGAUGUCUUGUGCUCAGUUGGAUUCUGUGUUACUUCUGUGUCUGGAAAGGUGUUAAGUCUUCAGGAAAGGUCGUCUACUUCACGGCCACAUUUCCCUAUGUGAUGAUGAUUGCUUUGCUGGUCCGUGGUCUGACCUUGCCUGGGGCCAUGGAUGGAAUUCGAUUUUAUGUCUCUCCCGAUCCCGCACGUCUGUCUGAGCCGCAAGUAUGGAUGGAUGCAGCGAGCCAGAUAUUAUUCUCCUACGCUGUCUGCGUAGGUUGUUUGCCAUCUUUGGGAAGUUAUAACAAAUACAAUAACAACUGUUACAAAGACACGUUUGCACUCUGCCUCCUGAACAGUGCAACCAGCCUUGUCGCUGGCUUUGCAAUAUUCUCUGUGCUUGGCUUCAUGUCAUACGAGCUGGGGAUUGACAUCUCGGAAGUAGCUGAAUCAGGUCCGGGCUUGGCAUUCAUUGCUUAUCCUCGGGCAGUAGCCAUGAUGCCUUUACCACAACUCUGGGCUGCCUUCUUUUUCAUCAUGAUUAUCUUUCUGGGACUGGACAGUCAGUUUGUGUAUCUUGAAGGAUUGAUCACAUCUAUAUCGGAUUUGUACCCAUCCGUGUUUUUCACUGGACACCGACGUAAAAUACUGCUGCUGGUAGUUUGUGGUAUUUCCUUAUGUGUUGGCCUCUGUAUGGUCACUGAGGGAGGGCUGUAUAUUUUUCAGCUUUUUGACUAUUAUGCCUGCAGUGGCAUCCCGCUGUUCACCUUUGCCCUUUUAGAAUCACUUUGCAUAGGAUGGAUGUAUGGUGCUGAUAAUUAUUACGAUAGAAUCCAGGAUAUGAUUGGCUAUCGACCUUCCCUUUAUAUGAAAUACUCUUGGAAGUAUGUUACGCCUUUUUUGUCUACUGGUGUCUUACUUUUCUUCCUUGUCCAAUUCACCCCUCUGAAGUACAAUAACAACUACCAAUACCCCUGGUGGGGACACGCUCUGGGACUAUUACUUGCAUUCUCUUCAGUUAUAAUGGUUCCACUGUGGAUUCUCUACAGUGUGGCGAAAAUGCCAGGAUCAAUCACUCAGAGAAUAAUAGUGUUGACAACACCAACAGACAAGUCACUCCGUGUGUCAGUGGAGUCUAAAAAGUUUAGCUUUGUCAAGUCUUGA